GGUCGCCGGAUGUUUUGGCGGAGUACGGAGUUAUUUAAUCGGGCCAGAAAAGAGUUUGGAAUAAUCGGAUCAGAAAGCUACUUACACGCUGGACGAUGUCGACCCGAUGGUAUCCGAUAUAUCAGCGCGGUAACCCGCAAUUACGAGUGUUCCUGCCCAAUUUUUGGUUGAAGCUGUUGCGGCCGGAGCACGAGCAGCCCCCGAACGUGGUGCAGUUCGCCUGCUCGAUGGAAAUGACCCGGCACGAUGUGAAGAACUAUCUGGAGAAAAUCUAUAAGGUUCCGGUGGUUAAUGUGCGGACACGGAUCGGCAUGGGAAACACCAAGCGGGAUCUUGUGCUCGGAUACAUCACCAAGGAAGAGGACACCAAGUACGCCUAUGUUACACUGCCCGCUACCAUGAAGUUCGAGUUUCCCGAUAUGUUUCCAACCGGUGCCAAACAGAAGAUCGAGGACGACAAGAAGUCACUGGACGAUGCGAAAAAGAACUACAAAAAGUUCCUGGACAAAAACAAAGACCGGCCCGGUACGCCCGGUUGGUUUUCGAUUUAAGAUGGUACGGGGUGGUGUACCCUCCUCGAACGAAGCAGGAAGCACCUGGAACUGGUCACAGUAAUAAAAAGUUAGCUUUAUUCAUCUAGAAA